CAUACAAAUGUCUUAGCAGCCAGAUCUACCAGCUUUAAUUCUCGUGCGAGGGAAUUACUCUUUUCGCCCGCGGCCCCUUCAUCCCCGCGGAUAUACCCUGUCUGCUGAUCCUUUCUCUGCGCGUGUCUUCGUCUCGUCGCUUCUGUAAACCAUGGGAGAAGAAUUGCGUUGCUUCGUGGGGGGUCUGUCGUACAACACGGACGACAGGGCGCUCAUGGAGGCCUUCAGUCAAUACGGCUCUGUCGACGCCAAGGUCGUUAACGACAGGGAAACCGGGCGAUCGAGGGGCUUCGGCUUCGUGUCGUUCGGCGACAAGAACGGCAUGGAUGAGGCGAUCAAGGCAAUGGACGGUCAAAGUCUCGACGGUCGCACCAUCACCGUCAACAUGGCACAACCCAGAGGAUCCGGCGGCGGGGGAGGCGGCGGCCGCUAUGGCGGUGGUGGCGGCGGGUGGUCCGGUGGUGGUGGUGGUGCCGGUGGCGGAUGGGGCGGUGGCGGAGGCGGGUACCAGUCCCGAGGCGGCGGCGGCGGCGGCGGCUGCUUCAAGUGCGGCGAGCAGGGUCAUUUCGCCCGCGAGUGCCCCAGUGGAGGCGAUGGUGGUGGCGGCGGCGGUGGGUACGGAGGCGGAGGCGGUUAUGGGGGCCGUCCAGGGGCUCCUGGCGGCGGUGGGUACGGCGGUGGAGGAGGAGGUGGCGGUGGCGGCGGUGGGUAUGGCGGUGCUGGUGGAUCUGGUGGCUACGGGUGGUAGGGAAGGGGAUAUGGGCCUCGAGGGUGUAGAUACUAAGGCGAAGAAUAAUAGUAUUGCUGUUGUUUGCGCUUUCAGUGUCGGGCUCACUCUUGAAUUUAGCGGGUGAAUUUUGGCGUUUUGCGCCAGACUAGUGCGAGGUGUGAACGGUCAGAUGUGCUGUUUAUUUCUUUCCUCACGGUUCGCAUUAGGGUUGCCUCGUCUGCCUGAGUAUCAUUGCGAUUCCCGUUCAGAUGGUAGCUUCUUUCAGUUUUAGGAUACCGGUAUUGGUGUUACGCUCUAUCGUGCCUGCUCAGUUAUCAAUGUGGUGUGGAUGUCAGGAAUGCAGGUUGACCGCCUCUAGUUUCCCCCUAUUCAGUAAUUUGAAACAACCAUGUUCU